AUGGCGCCGGUCUUACCCGUGUUGAUGCAUGUGGAUAACCAGGCGGCCACCAAACAACUUGAAGGCGAAUCUCCAUCAAUCAAGGCCAAGUACAUUAACGUGCGGCUUAAGUUUGUUUGUGACUAUACUAGGCGCGGCAUCAUUUUCGAAGAAUACGUGCGCUCGGAGGAAUUGAUCGCUGACUUUCUCACGAAAGCAUUGGACCCUCUGAAGCUCGCAAUUUUCCGCGGACUUAUGUGCUUGUCGUAUUAUUCCAAGGAUCAUGCAAUCGACAAGGUUGCAAGGUGA